AUGAGGCCAGGAGCUUUCUUGGCCCUUCUGCUUGGAGCCAUCGUCAUCCUCAGCUAUACGCUUCACAGAACUGGGAUCCAGAAUGCCAUCGUUGGAGGUCUCAUGAAGCACUUAGAGACAAAUCAAACAAUUCUGUUUGCUAAAGACAUUGAUGGCAGGAGCAGAAUCUGGCCAAUUAAAAGUGACACCCUGAGCCCUACUAGGAUGGAGUGGACAGAAAAGGACAAAGAAGUGAAAGGGAUCCUGAGAAGACUGGACCAGCUGAUGCCCAGUGUAACUUUCACAGAUAUAAACACCACCACAAGUGCCAAGAACAGCAAGGCCACCAUAUUAAACCGUAGGAGCUCAUAUUGCAUCAGAGAUCCCUUGAUGGUUCAGCUGGAUUUGUACGACCACUUGGGGAAGAGGAAGGAGUACGGAGGAGACUUCUUGCGAGCGAGGAUCUACUCUUCAGGCCUUAAGGCCGGAGCCUCUGGGCGUAUCACAGACUAUAGGAAUGGCACAUACCUGGUCAAUUUCACUUUAUUUUGGGCAGGCAAUGUCAGGGUGUCCCUCUUGCUCAUCCACCCCAGCGAAGGAGUUUCUGCCCUGUGGGCAGCGAGGAAAAAGGGCUACGGCAAAAUCACUUUCACAGGCAAAUUUUUAAAUGGAACAUCAGACGUCUCCGCUGAAUGUGGUUUUGUCAUUAACACAAAUGCAGAACUGUGUGAGUAUCUAGAUGAGCGAGACCAAGAGGCCUUCUACUGCGUGAAACCAAAGAAUGUGCCUUGUGAAGCUUUUGUUCGCCUGAAGUCGAACAACAAGCCUAUAUCAUAUCUCACAUCUCUGGAACAGAGUCUUUUAAAGAGGUCAAAUGUUGGAGUCGAGAUCCCUCAGACAUUCGGGGACAUCCAUGUCAUUACCUCUGAACGCAGGAAGACAACGGCAACUGAGAAAUGCCGGGUUGGGAUGACCUCCCCAUCUCCCAGUGGCUUCGUGUGGCAGAGCCAAUGGCACCCCGUGUUCUGCAAUGUGUCCACUUUCAACACCCUGGACCGCAUUAAUGCUUGCUUGAACAGAAAGCUGAUUUACCUCCUGGGAGACUCAACUGGACGGCAAUGGAUCGAGUAUCUCACAAAGACAGUGAGCGCACUUAAAUAUAUUGACACUCAUGGAACUGGAAAGCACCCGAAUUUGAUUGCUGUGGACAUGAUGAGAAAGAUUCAGAUCCACUGGAAGAAACACAGCCACCCCAUAGUCACUGACCAUGAAUACAUGAUAACAGAUCACAGCUACACGUCUCGGGAGAUUGACAACAUAGCAGGCGACAGAGACACAGCGGUUGUCAUUGCCCUGGGCCAGCACUUCCGCCCUUUCCCCAUCGAGCUCUUCAUUAGAAGGGCAAUUAAUGCACGGAGAGCCAUCCAGCGCCUUCUCCUGAGGAGCCCAGAUACAAAAGUCAUCAUCAAAGCAGAGAACAUCCGGGAGAUGGACAAUGACCAGGAGCGAUUUUCGGACUUCCAUGGCUAUGCCCAAUAUGUUGCAGCAAAGGAUAUUUUUCGAGAUCUGAAUGUGGGUUUAAUCGAUGCCUGGGACAUGACGGUUGCCUAUGGCACAAACAACGUUCAUCCACCAGAUCACGUGGUUGGGAAUCAAAUUAAUAUGUUUUUCACUUACAUAUGUUAA